AUGGAAGAAGGAAGUAUGUUCAGAUCUCUGUUAGCGAUUCUUCAGUGGUGGGGUUUCAACGUUACCGUCAUCAUCAUGAACAAAUGGAUCUUCCAGAAACUGGAUUUCAAGUUUCCAUUAUCGGUUUCAUGUGUUCAUUUCAUAUGUUCAUCGAUUGGAGCUUAUAUUGUGAUCAAAGUUCUCAAGGUUAAACCAUUGAUUGUGGUUGAUCCAGAAGAUCGAUGGAGGAGGAUUUUUCCAAUGUCUUUUGUGUUCUGUAUCAACAUUGUGUUGGGAAAUGUCAGUCUUCGUUACAUACCGGUUUCGUUUAUGCAGACGAUUAAAUCCUUUACUCCAGCAACUACAGUUGUGUUGCAGUGGCUUGUAUGGAGGAAAUACUUUGACUGGCGUAUUUGGGCGUCUCUUGUGCCUAUUGUUGGUGGGAUUCUUCUUACCUCUGUUACAGAGCUUAGUUUUAACAUGUUUGGAUUCUGUGCUGCUCUGUUUGGAUGUUUAGCUACUUCCACAAAGACCAUUCUAGCUGAAUCUCUUCUCCAUGGUUACAAAUUUGACAGCAUAAACACAGUAUACUACAUGGCGCCUUUCGCUACAAUGAUUCUCGGAAUACCAGCAUUACUUCUGGAAGGCAACGGAAUUAUGAGUUGGUUUGAAGCACACCCGGCUCCCUGGUCAGCCCUCAUCAUUAUAUUCAGUUCCGGUGUCUUAGCCUUCUGUCUCAACUUCUCUAUCUUCUAUGUCAUUCACUCCACAACCGCAGUUACAUUCAAUGUAGCUGGAAAUCUUAAGGUUGCAGUGGCUGUAUUGGUGUCAUGGUUGAUAUUCCGUAACCCAAUCUCGUAUAUGAAUGCUGUUGGAUGCGGAAUUACGCUUGUGGGCUGCACGUUUUAUGGAUAUGUGAGGCAUAUGCUUUCGCAGCAAGCACCGGGAACUCCUAGGACUCCUCGUACCCCAAGAAACAAGAUGGAAUUACUUCCUCUUGUUAAUAAUAACGAUAAACUCGAAGGCAAAGUCUGA